UUUCCAAGCCAAGAUCCACUGGACAGAGCAGAUUUCAAUGCUGUGGAGUAUAUCAAUACUCUCUUUCCCACUGAGCAAUCUUUGGCAAACAUCGAUGAAGUGGUGAACAAAAUCAGAUUGAAAAUAAGGAGGUUGGAUGACAACAUCCGAACAGUAGUCAGAGGACAGACCAACGUGGGACAGGAUGGCCGCCAGGCCCUGGAGGAAGCCCAGAAAGCCAUUCAACAGCUCUUUGGUAAAAUCAAGGAUAUUAAAGACAAGGCUGAAAAAUCAGAACAAAUGGUUAAAGAAAUCACACGGGACAUCAAGCAGCUAGAUCAUGCCAAGCGCCAUCUGACCACCUCCAUCACCACCCUCAAUCACCUGCACAUGCUGGCGGGGGGUGUGGAUUCCCUGGAGGCUAUGACCAGGAGGAGACAAUAUGGGGAAGUUGCCAACCUUCUCCAAGGUGUCGUGAAUGUGUUGGAGCACUUCAACAAAUACAUGGGCAUUCCUCAGAUUCGACAGCUUUCUGAAAGGGUGAAGGCAGCGCAGAAUGAGUUGGGACAGCAGAUCCUGGCUGACUUCGAGGAAGCCUUUCCUUCUCAAGGUACAAAGAGGCCUGGUGGACCCAGCAAUGUCCUACGUGAUGCGUGUCUAGUCGCCAAUGUCCUGGAUCCCAGAAUCAAACAGGAAAUCAUCAAGAAAUUUAUUAAACAACACCUCUCAGAGUAUCUGGUCCUUUUCCAGGAAAAUCAAGAUGUGGCCUGGCUGGAUAAGAUCGACAGGCGCUACGCUUGGAUAAAGCGUCAGCUGGUGGACUACGAGGAGAAGUACGGGCGCAUGUUCCCCCAGGAGUGGUGCAUGACGGAGCGCAUCGCUGUGGAAUUCUGCCACGUCACAAGGACAGAGCUCGCUAAGAUAAUGCGCACAAGAGCGAAGGAGAUUGAGGUGAAAUUGCUUUUAUUUGCAAUCCAGAGGACAACCAACUUUGAAGGACUUCUGGCUAAGCGCUUCUCAGGUUGCACUCUAGCUGAUGGAACAGUGAAAAAGCCAGAAGUGGCACUUCCCUCCACCAACCCAUUUCUGGAGGAUGAAGCUGGGACAGAGACAGAUGAGAUUGUGAUCGAGAAAAGUGACACAGACAAACCAAAGAAGCCAAAGGUCCCUGACAAUCCUUUUCAUGGCAUUGUUUCCAAGUGCUUUGAACCUCACCUUUAUGUGUAUAUUGAGUCCCAAGACAAAAAUCUCGGUGAACUGAUUGACAGGUUUGUGGCUGACUUCAAGGCUCAAGGUCCUCCCAAGCCCAACGUGGAUGAGGGAGGAGCCGUCCUGCCCAGCUGCGCUGACCUUUUUGUGUACUACAAAAAGUGCAUGGUGCAGUGCUCCCAGCUCAGCACCGGCGAGCCGAUGAUAGCCCUGACCACCAUAUUCCAGAAGUACCUUCGGGAAUACGCCUGGAAAAUUCUCUCUGGAAACCUGCCCAAGACGACUAGUAGCAGUGGUGGACUCACCAUCACUAGUUUGCUGAAAGAAAAGGAAGGCUCUGAAGUGGCUAAGUUUACUUUAGAAGAACUCUGCCUCAUUUGCAGCAUCCUUAGUACUGCAGAGUAUUGCUUGGCGACCACCCAGCAGUUGGAAGAGAAACUCAAAGAAAAAGUGGAUGCAAGUCUAGUGGAGCGAAUCAACCUGACAGGAGAGAUGGACACUUUCAGCAUUGUGAUCUCCAACAGCAUACAGCUGUUAGUGCAGGACCUGGAUGCAGCCUGUGACCCUGCCCUGACUGCUAUGAGCAAGAUGCAGUGGCAGAACGUGGAACACGUCGGUGACCAGAGUCCUUAUGUCACCUCAGUGAUUCUCCACAUUAAGCAGAACGUCCCUAUCAUCCGUGACAAUCUGGCCUCCACGAGAAAGUAUUUCACUCAGUUCUGCAUAAAAUUUGCAAACUCCUUCAUUCCCAAGUUCAUUAACCAUCUCUUCAAGUGCAAACCUAUUAGCAUGGUGGGCGCAGAACAGCUGCUGCUGGACACUCACUCUCUGAAGAUGGUUCUCCUGGAUCUGCCCUCCAUUGGGUCCCAGGUGGUGAGGAAGGCUCCUGCCAGCUACACAAAGAUAGUGGUGAAAGGCAUGACUCGGGCUGAAAUGAUCCUGAAGGUGGUUAUGGCUCCACAUGAGCCCCCAGUUGUGUUUGUCGACAAUUACAUCAAGCUCCUUGCUGACUGCAGCACUGACACUUUCCAGAAGAUACUAGACAUGAAGGGCCUGAAGAGGAGCGAGCAGAGCAGCAUGUUGGACCUCUUCCGCCAGCGCCUCCCGGCCCCCCCCUCCGGAGCGGAGAACGCCGGCUCUCUCUCGCUGAGCGCUCCUACGCCUGAGCAGGAGUCCUCUCGCAUACGGAAACUGGAGAAACUCAUAAAAAAAAGGCUCUAAGUGAGCAGAAGGAAAUUCUGUUGCUCAGGACUGCUGCAGUGACUGGGAUCAAAGCUCGUCAGACAACGAUUUACAGUGCGCUGCUGAAAAAUCCCUGUCCCGUCAGUCCCCUGCCCUGUGAUCUCCUGGCCAUCGUACACCGUGGUGCUGCGUUGUCGUUCAGGCCGAGGGACAAUCUGACCAAGGUGUUUGCCCUUGGGCAGCUUGGCAGGAGUGAAACCCAGGACAUUUUUGGGUCCAGGUGGUGGAGAAAAUAGAGGUGCUUGGAAGUCAGCAGCUACAAAAACAGUUGAGGUGGAUUCAGAGAAUAUCUGGCUGUGAUAUCCAGCCUGGCUGAGCUCCUGCUGCAGCACUGAGGAUUUUGCCUGAGAGUUCGGUGUUACUGCUCACUCCCUGUUGCAGAGCUGUUCCUCUUUUUCAUUAUAUAUUGGAGUGGGGGGGUGGGGGGGGGGGAAACAACCCCAUUACCACCACCAAAACCACCCCAGCCUUUUCACAGCUGGGAUCCAGGCAUCUGGAGCUCCACUGAAUUAAUGAGAUGCCUGUGAGAGAACCCCGAAGCAGAUUUCUCCCCUGCUCCCAAGACUGGCCUGCAUAAACCACCAGUAAAACAGCAAGGCAAAUCCUUUUCAAAACAGGAGGGAAGGGCUGAAUUCCUCCCUUCUGCACCUUGGCAAAUCUCCUGCCAACAAGCCGGCAGCCUCAGUCGCUGUUACAGCUUAAAGGCCAAACCCUGGACAUCUGCAGAGCCCAUCUCCAGCUGCUUGUUUUUCCUCUCGCGUGUGCUGGACUCGGCCACUGUCCCCGAUGGGAGUUCCCACACCGCCUCUCGCCAUCUCUCCACAAAGGGCCGUUCAUGGAGCAAGUGUCAAACAGCACCAGCCCCUCGUUCUCGCGCCAGCCGGCAUGGCCCGAGCAGGGGUGUGCCCCUUUGGCAGGAGAGAUGCUGGAAACGUUGGCUUUAACGGGGAGCCUGGGCUUCUUCCCAGAAUGCUUGUACCAGCCUCAGAUUUUGAGGGCCUUCCUCUCUUCCUCCUCCUCCUCUGACCUUCAGCUGUGCAGAGAGGAGGAGAACCAGAGGUGAAGUCUUUCAGGUAGUCCAGGCUCCCCUUCCUGGGGGACCAGCUCCUGCUGGUGCCCAACCACAGAGCCAGCGUGGAGCAGGGUUGGGGUUGGUGGAUGUGUGAGCUUCCCCAUGGAGCUGCAGUGCAGGGAGACAUCACCUCGUCGUUAGCAACGCUGGAUUUCUUCCCAAACUCCUCUGUACCCUUUUUGGGGGACUUUGAAGGCAUAUGCCCAACCAUGAACAAUUGAAUCCUGUAUGGGUUUAGGGGCAGAUCAACCAGUUGUGCCUGCUUUAUUUUAACUCAAGCUUCACUUGCAUGUGCAGGAAAAAGAAGUCCUGUACCAGUUUGGCAGGUCAGCCUGCACUUGAACAGGCAGGAGUUGAUCACAGGAUUCGAGCAGAAAGGAUAAAUCUGCAGAGAUUCAAUCCUCACUGGUCAGGUUUUCUACGGCCGCUCUGUGCGCCCUGCUGCUGCAGCAAGGUGUGCACUAACAGGUAUGCUAACACCGACUCCUGAGGAUGUAUUUUCAGGCUUAGGGGCUGGCUGUGGCGUGCAGAGAGCUGUAGGGAUGAUGUCCGUUGCAGAGCAGCAGCAGCUGUGGGGAGGGACGUUUACUCCAGUGUUACAAAUCUUCCCGAGUCCGCUGCUGCUUCAUUUAUUUCCUCUCCUGAACAGUGGUUGAAAGUACGUUGGGAUUACAAACGGCCCUUCCCCAAGGACAGAUUAUCUUGAGGUGCGUGUGCAGGAUGGUUCACACGUUAUCAAAUGCAAUAGCUGGGGAGGGGUAACAUGGGUUUGCAGAGAUUCAUUAUUCCCGUGGAGGGAUGAAUAAUUUAUAGAUUAAUUUUUCUUUACUCUAUGGAUUGACUCUAAAUUAUGAAUAACUGAAGGCGAUGUUCAAGUUAUCAUCAUGUGUCUUUCCCCAAAGGCUUCCCCUGUUUCAUUCUCCACAUUUCAUUCUGGAGAUAAAAGGAAAUAAAAGGAAAACCGAAUUUUUAUUUUGGGCCUUUGAAGAAUGCUACAGGUCUGGGUGUUCACAGUUCAUUCCACUUAUAGAGAGCAAGUCCACAUUUUUCUACUUUUGGUGUAAAGGUUUAGUCCCCUGGCUCUUGAGUAUUUAUCAGAUUUGGCACGUCUGUAUGUGUAUGUUAGCUGUUUGGGGUUUACAUCUCUGGGGAAUAAAGGAUGAUUAUUUUUUUUUUCUUUUCUGUAUACAAUGUCACUUUUUAUGUUUUUUGGCCGAGGUAUAGUUCUGACUGUGUGUUGGAGUGUGACACUAAAAUGAAUUAAAUGGUUACUGAUGUCCAUCU